AUGGGAGGCCAGCAGGCAUUGGAAGAUCUGAGGUCUAAGAUAGUGGCGUCAAUGUCCUCCGAGAGGCGCAACGAACAGGCUGGUAAAAGAGUGGCAUCCGAGGCCGGUGCCCGAGAGGAUGAUGUGAAGAGGCAGAGGCCUAUUAAGCUGCCAACGGGCCCACGUAAUGGGAUAACUCGUAGUAGAUAUGAGCCGUAUGGAAGAGGGGUUGGAUACUCGGAUUACAGUCGCAGAGGAGCUAGAGCGGACAACUUUGGCUACUCUUCUCACGGUAGAUCGCCGCCACCGCCACGAUACACGGCUCAGCAGUCUUCCAGGUGGAACAGGUUCGACAGCCACCAGGAACAGAGGCCGUCUGCUCCCUUCCACGAAGAUUAUUUGAAAGACGUGGAGCCUAUCGAUAAGAGAAAAAGAUUGAGCGCCUCACGUUGGGAUGUGACGCCUAAGGGCUUCGAGAAGGUGCCAGCCGAGAGAGCUAAGUUGAGCGGGCUUUUUCCACAGCCGGGACAACCUCAGGAGCUCGAUCGCUCUAAAUUGGAGAGGGUGGCAUUGCAUGGCGGGUCGAAAAGCAGACGUACCAGGAUUUUGUUUGAAGAUGCAACCAGCAAGAAUCUGGUGGUAUCGAAACUGGCCUGCGAGUUGGUUGUAGAAGGGCUAGAUCAGACUGCGAGCGAGAGCUUUUCAAGUCUUGUUCAGAAAUUUGUUGCCGGCCUCGAAGGCGAUAUGGCUGUUCGCAAAGUGCUUGUGCCUGACCAUCGCACGUAUGCAGUCGUGGAGUUGGGAUCGGCAGAGUGUGCAACGCUGGUACUCUCGUGCAGAUCCUUUAUCAACAAGAAACUUGGCCUGUCUUUGAGGUGGAGGAGGCCGAAUGAAUAUGUACAGCAGUUAGAUCAUCCCGAUAGGCUUUGCAGUCCUGAGAUAAUAGCCGUUGAGGGAUUAGAAGAUGGAGAUGAAACUGCAAUUGGCCAAAUGCUUUCUGAUAACGGGCUGAAAAACUGCUAUUUGAAACCCAUCACGAGUCUAAUGGAUGGAGUUCCAACGUUCACAGGAUGCGCACUGGUUGAGUUGGACAAUGUGGAAGAUGAUGUGCUGGAAAAAUUCAAGACGACGACUUCCUGGUUCAGACCAAAUCAAGGAACCCUGGUGCAAGAAAGUUCUUCUAUAACGUUCCAAAGUCUGCCGACAUUGGUGAGCGAGCAAACUCGCUCCGAGUCCAAAGUUCUCGUCUUGCUGAACUGCGUGGAUCCGUUGGAUUUGAAGCUUGUACCGUUUGCGCAGGAGAUUGAAGAUACCAUAAAAUAUACAUUGGGAGACGUAGAUACCGUAAGGAUGAGAAGGCCGAACGCUGACUAUCGGUUGAAUUUUGACAACAUCAGCGAAGGCGUGGGUAACAUUUAUGUUAAAUUCAAAACUGUGGAAGCGUCCAUUGAGGCGAUGGCAAAGCUGCCUGGAUCUAAGUUCAACGGAAGGACAGUUCUGUGCUCCUAUGUGAGCGAGGAGGACUUUGAAAAGAUAGGCGUCCUUUGA